CACAUGACAGAGGCAACAGCAUUGUGUCUGGUUUAAGCAGGCGAGCUCUUCAAACCCAGGCCAUGACCAAGUAUGAAGCCUGAACACAGAACGAUAGCCACAAGACGGUGGACCAGGAGUGUCGUGGUCUACCACACAAUGUCUACAGCCAAGAAGAAGAGCAUGUCUCUGAGGAGGAUGAGCACACCAUCCUUCCAGAAGCGGAGGAGGAGGAGGCCUUCUCCCCAGGCCCUGGGGGACAUUGUGGGCUGCAGAAUUUCUCACGGAUGGAAGGAAGGUGAUGAACCCAUCACCCAAUGGAAGGCCAUCGUUCUAGAUCAACUGCCAACAAAUCCCUCUCUCUAUCUGGUCAAGUAUGAUGGAAUUGAAUGUGUCUACGGACUGGCACUUCACAGUGAUAAGAGGAUUUUAAGGCUUAAGGUUUUGCCUCACAAAGUAGUGUUUCCUCAAGUGAAAGAUGCCCAUCUCGCAAGUGCCAUGGUUGGCCGAGUUGUGGAGCAUAAAUUUGAGGGCAAACAUGGCUCUAAGGACAACUGGAGGGGGGUGGUCCUAGCCCAGGUGCCGAUCAUGAAGGACUGGUUUUACAUCACCUACGAGAAAGAUCCAGUCCUAUACAUCUACCAGCUCCUGGAUGAUUACACAGAAGGUAACCUCCGUAUCAUUCCAGAGACUCCUCCAGCACACGUGAAGUCAGACGUUGACAGCGACAUCUUAACAGAUCAAUGUGUGCAGUUCACCAGAAGCGAUGGAUCCAAAAAGAUCGGCAAAGUCAUUUACCAAGUUCUAGCCAAGUCUUCUGUGUACUUCUUCAAGUUUGAUGGCAAGGUCCAUAUCUACUUCUAUGAUCUGGUGGAAAAGAACCGUUAAGAUACCCACAUGCCUUUGACAACCCCAGUAUCUUUUCCAGUGGAAUUUGUUUUUCCUCUAAAAAUUACAAUGUGCGAUGUGACGUGUUGUGUGUAAACACUUUGGUGGAGGAGACAGGCUGUGGUGGAUGGAACAUGGAGAGGAUGAUCUGGAGAGACGGCAGAGGGGUAAAGCCAAGUGUGUGGUCACACAUGCAAACACCAGGGCUUGGUAUGGGAACAGGAGGAUGACCGGGGCUUCCUGACAGUGAGCCUCACCUCAGGUUCAGCAGGAGACCCCGUCACAAGGGAAUACUAUAGGUAGUGAAGGAGCAGAACACGCUCUACCCUCCCCAGCCUCUGAACUUACAUCUCUCUAUCCACACACACGCACACACACAUAUAAAUAUGACUACAGUAUACGAGAGGCUUGCAUAGGUUAUAUGCAAAUGCAGUGUCGCUUUAUCCAAGG